AUGGGCGACCCGGAAAGGCCGGAAGCGGCCGGGCUCGAGCAUGAUGAGCGCGGAGACAUUGAUACCAGUGAAAAUGAGGCGAAGUCAAGUGAAGAGCCGCUCCUAAGAAAGAGUUCUCGCCGUUUUGUCAUCUUUCCAAUCCAGUACCCCAAUAUUUGGAAAAUGUAUAAACAGGCACAGGCAUCCUUCUGGACAGCAGAAGAGGUUGACUUAUCAAAGGAUCUCCCUCACUGGAACAAGCUUAAAUCAGAAGAGAAGUAUUUUAUCUCUCACAUCUUAGCCUUUUUUGCAGCCAGUGAUGGAAUUGUAAACGAAAACUUGGUGGAGCGCUUUAGCCAGGAGGUACAGGUUCCAGAGGCUCGCUGUUUCUAUGGCUUUCAAAUUCUCAUCGAGAAUGUUCACUCAGAGAUGUACAGUUUGCUAAUAGACACUUACAUCAGAGAUCCCAAGAAAAGGGAAUUUUUAUUUAAUGCAAUAGAAACAAUGCCAUACGUUAAGAAAAAAGCAGAUUGGGCCUUGCGAUGGAUAGCAGAUAGAAAAUCUACUUUUGGGGAAAGGGUUGUGGCCUUUGCUGCUGUAGAGGGUAUUUUUUUCUCGGGAUCUUUUGCUGCUAUAUUCUGGUUAAAGAAGAGAGGUCUUAUGCCUGGACUCACUUUUUCCAAUGAACUCAUCAGCAGAGAUGAAGGGCUUCACUGUGACUUUGCUUGCCUGAUGUUUCAAUACUUAGUAAAUAAACCUUCAGAAGAAAGGGUCAAGGAGAUCAUUAUUAAUGCUGUAGAGAUUGAGCAGGAGUUUUUAACAGAAGCCUUGCCAGUUGGCCUCAUUGGAAUGAAUUGUGUUUUGAUGAAACAGUACAUUGAGUUUGUAGCCAAUAGAUUACUUGUGGAACUCGGAUUCUCAAAGGUGUUUCAGGCAGAAAAUCCCUUUGAUUUUAUGGAAAACAUUUCUUUAGAGGGGAAAACAAAUUUCUUUGAGAAACGAGUUGCAGAGUAUCAACGUUUUGCCGUUAUGGCAGAAACCACAGAUAAUGUCUUCACCUUGGAUGCAGAUUUCUAAAACCCUCCCCAUAUCUUAACCUCUCAUUGGUAAAUAGCAGUCUGUUUUUCUCUCUCUGCUUUUGUACCUCAAGUAUCUUCUUUAAGAAAAUAGGAGUUUGCUCAAAAGGAAACCCAAAACCAAAUUUCCAUCACAUUGGAUUUCUAUAAGUACACUAAUUUUCCCAUUAACAACCAGAGUGUAAGCUAAAUGCUUUUAUUUUAUUACUGAAAUGUAAGAUGGCAUUAACUAGUGGUUAAGAGCUUGGGGUGAUGGACCAGAUAGGAGUUUAAGAUUCUGCUCUUACUACUUUGUGUGACUUUUGGCAAGUCAGUUAAUCUCUCUAAACUUCAGUGUUCUUAUCUUUAAAAUGGGUAUAAUAGUAAUUCCUACCUCAUAGAGUAUAUAUGAGGAUUAAGGUGCACAUUAAGUGUUAGCCAAUACUACUGCUGUUACUAAUUAUAAUAAUUAUUAUUGAUAAUAAUAAUUGCAGUGGUGUUGUGAUAAAAUGCUCCCAUCUUCUCAAAAUAAUUGUGAUUCUAGGUCCUAAGAUCUAGAAUUAUAUCUUUGUAUUUUUAAUGUUUGAGGGAAGAAUGUAGGGAUUUCCUUAUGAAGAUUAUAAUUCUCAUUAACUUGAGAAUAACUUCUUUGAACUCCUAAUU